AUGUACACACUCAACACUAUCACUUUGGCUUUGGUUGCGUCCCUGGCUGCAGUUGGCAGCGCUGAAAUCCACGGUCUCCAUGCGCGCCACUUGAACCACGCCCGUGGUAUCAACGGCACCACUCCCGCUGGCUCGCUCCCCACUUCAUACGAGACUGUUUACCCUACUCCCUCUCACACUCCUCACUCGCCCUCUGGAAAGCCUUCCUACACCCCGUCGGCUAGCUUCCCUCUGACCAGCUCUUCCAUUCCCCUCGGCACUGGUGUGGCCAGCUCCGCUGCUGCCUCCCAGUCCGUUGCAUCUGGAUCUGGCGCUGGCGCUCUCACCACCGAUGUCACCACUUCGGCCGUGACUCUCACCUACACCCUCGGAUCCGGAACCUCGACCAGUGUUGUCACUACCACCAUCGAGAAGACCAUCACCGAUGUUCACACUGCCUACGCGACCAGCGCUCCUACUGAGGAGUUGACCACCACUAUCCAGGGGACCACCACUAAGACCAUGACCGUCAUCGAGGCCUCCACUGACCUUGUCUCUGCUACCGGUGCUGGAGCCUGCAACCCAGCCACCGUGACCGUCACCGCCACCGAGACUGUGACUGUGAACGCUGGCUCAACCUCUGCUCCUGGUAACGGUAACGGCCAUGGCAAUGGAAAUGGCAACGGCAACGGCAACGGCAACGGCAACGGUAACGGCAAUGGCAGCGGCAACGGCGAGGGUGCCCAGCCUACCACCACCGCCGUCUCCACCGACAUCGAGACCGAGACCACCGCGCCCACCACCAGCGCCACUCUCUCCGCUACCCGUGCCCCUUACGGCAACGGAACAGCCCCCUACCCCACCACCAGCCUGACCCCCUCCGGCUUCGCCACUAGCUCCGUCGCUAUCUCCGGCUCUGCCUCGCCCAGCGUCAAGCCCUUCCCCAGCUCCAGCCGCCCCGCUGCUCCCUCCGGAACCCCCAGUGGAAGCUACCCCCACAGCUUCCGCCGCCGCUACAUCUAA